UCCACACACACACACACACACACACACAGAGGGACAGACAUACCGUGUGAAUGGGUUUAUAAGUUACAUGGAUUAACAUCACUAUUCCACAUUUAACACUCACUGUGGAUUCACUCUUCAGUCGUGUAACUUACAGCGAGGGAUUUGGGGUAAAACAGCUGCUUUAAACCCUAACGGAUUACCUCAGACUUACCUCAGAGUAGCGGUUCGGAGGGACAUCCGUAGCCUGCGCGAGGUUCUUUAGCAGUUACGCACCGAAACCGGCGUAUCUUCCUCUGUGAAUCCGCCGGGACCGACAGCGCUGAAUGGCCGCCUCUUGUUCGUGGUGACGCUGGAAACUUUACCUCAGGGAUGUCAUUUGAGGCGAAUGGUCCGCCAUCUCCCACUUUGUCGCUCUUCGAGGUGGAAGAAGAGACGCGUUUGGUGUUAAAGAGUUUCCUCCGUCAUGCUCUCUCCAUCGCUCCUGGAGAUCGGCCAGGGAGAAUCGGGGGGGAGUACCACGACUCCAAUAAGUUCAGUGUAUUGCAGAAGGAGAAGAGAGAGAAGCAGAGGAAGGAUGAUACUGGAUGGGACUCUCUGGAUGAGAAGAUCAGUGCUGCGGAAGAAAAGAAACACGGCAUCAAAAACCUGAUAAAGAGGCGUUUGAGGCCACGCCCCUCCCCCGCACGCCCCUCCCAGAAGGAUGCAGGCACUGACCAAUCACAGAACAGCUCCGUGUCCAGCCAGGGCGACCUGCCUUCUCCAGCAAGGAGACCUGAAGCUCUGGGUUCAGGAGGGAACGCUGAGGAUGAUAAAUCCUCUGCAUCGGACGAGGAUGGCGAACGGAAGACGAGCGAAAAAAAGAAAAAGAAGAACAAAUUGAAGCUGGCGGAGCUUUUUAAAAAAAAAAGUUUCAAGAAAGAAGACUCGCGUCCGCAGCGGCCCGCAUCACUUCCUCUGAAAGAGAGGAGGGCGUCGACAAAGCCCCCGCUGUCCCCGACACACCGACCUGAGUUCUACGAUGGCGUGGCCAAGAAGUUGGACCAAAUCGCUCAGAAAAGCGUGAGGAGGAAAUCCCCAGUUAAACCCGAGCCUGUCCCGCUCACAGAAAACAAUAAAGAAGCCAUCGUGCAGCAGCUCGUCCAGUUACUGACAGCGGAGGGAGACGCCAUUAACGAGAAGAUCCAGGCAAAUCCCAUGCUGCGGAACUCGCUGAACCGGAUGUCCUACACGUCCUUCGCCAAGCUGCUUGACUCCUGUGCCAACGAGGCUGUAGACCCGCCCCUUCCUGUGUCUGAGAGCCCCACCCUGCGGCGUGUAGCCAUUACCAUGGAGAUGACCAGGCGGGUCGUCACGGCGACAGGGGCGACGCAGCGUGUGGAGGGGUUUGCUGAGCGCUACAUGGAGACCUUCACUCCCUGGGUGAAGAGUCAGGGAGGAUGGGAAAGCAUUGUGCAGAAAGAGGUGCAGGAGUGUGACUAACUGCGCAGUGAAGAUUCUUCUGUACCUGUGUGUGUGUGUGUGUGUGUGAGACCUGUGAAUAUAUGCUGACACAUUUUUUAUCUCUUGUAUACACUCCCAUCUAUUUAUGUUUUUAAAGUGGGAUGAUUGUUUUUAAUGUGGUGGGAUUUU